GUGACGCUCAUCUCCCCCCUCCUCCGCAGAACAGUGGAACCUGCGUGAUUUUACAGCAAGAUGGCGACAGUCGAGCAGAAGCAGAGACGGUGUGAGCUGCAAUGACAAGCCGGAGGACGGGAGCGGUGGUCGUCAGACGGCGAGUGUGCAUUGCAUCCCUGUUGUCAGCUCAGAAGUGGAGGUUCUGUAUAAUAUACGUUCUCAAAGAACAAUGUGGUGGAAUCCCGUACCUCAACAUAGACUGAAAGUAUUUCUACUAUGUCUGUUCUGAAGCCAAAUGCACUAGAGGACAAAGACGUGGAAUCUGUGUCUGACAGCCGAGGUCGUACUCAGGAGCCAUUACAGAGUCACACAUUCUCCCUGAAGAACAAUGCUGCAGGUCUGUCCUCAGAUGAACACGAAAACCCUUUAAAUGGAACCCAGCCGAAUCCAUUUGUAUACAGCAGUGUCCCUGCUGUUCCCCAUGCAGGCAAUUCAUUGCCUUCAGGAGCACUUGUUAAUGGACCUGGUUCACACCCCACCUCAGAGGUACACUGUGUCCUGAACAAAGGCACUGUUUUAUCCAACAGUGUCCUGGAUGCCGUGUGGCAAGCGGAGAAGGACACGAGCCCCGAGGUGUUACCACCACCUAGUGAGCUUCAAUCAGACGCUUGGAAGAACACAGCAGGGCCCAUCGUAAAAACACUGGCCACACAGCCAGGUGUCAACACACCACUGUCUCACUCGGAGGAGAAUGAGUCUAAACUGGCCUAUUCCACACUGUCAGGUGACGGUGCAGAGCAAAUGCACAUUAGCCAAUCUUUGACAAAACAGACAAUAAAAACAAGAUCUCCACGGGACGUGGAAUGGUCAGGAAGCUCGUCGGAUGAUUAUGAUAAUACUGAAGUAAUCAGAUGGGAUUCGGCAAGAGAGUGUUUUUUGCACAAUGACAGAAGGCUGGAGACCACAGUGAUGCACCGAAGAGACAGGAAGCACAAUACGCACACAAAAAGCAUGUCAGGCUGUCUGGAAAAGGUUAACAACAGCCACAGACGUUUCUGCAGUGGUAAUGAUGUUGAAAAUGUUGACACUGGAAAUAAAGAUGAAUCUUUGGAUACACAAUCUGAUAUUAAAUAUUCAGUUAUGCCAUUCAAAGACCUUUCUAGGAACAUAGCUUUAGACUCCGAGCACCAUAGCACAGCACAGGAAGGCUGUAAUGAGGAAAAUGACCCUGAAGAUGAAAACAGUGUUAGUCCAAAAGUGGAACAGUUGAAGGCAGAGCAACUUGAACACGAUCCACUUUUCUUUUCAUGCACAAUAUGCAAUGUUAAUUUCAAGGAAAAAAGACAUUUCCAUAGACAUAUGAUGUAUCAUUUAGGCGAGCAUAAUCAGGUGAACAGUGAGAAUGUUUCACAGCCCUUUAUAUGCAGGGAGUGUGGGCGUUUGUUCUGUGAUAGCAACUCCCUCAUGAGGCACAUCAUUAUUCACCAAGACAAGCUGGAAAAACUUAUGGAGGAAAUCAAAGGUCUCAAAAGCACAGAAUUACAAGACAGGACCACCGCAGUGCAGUGCCCUCAGUGCAUAUUUGGUUGUAACUGCCCAAAAAUAUUUGUCCAGCACGCCAAAACGCACGAUAAUCUGACGCACUACUACGUCUGUGAGGAGUGUAACUACAUCACACUGACACAGCAGGCACUUGAAGCGCACUUACAUGUCGCACACCUCAACGAACACCAGCCCCAGUAUAGAAAAAUGACUCAUACUAAUGAUGCAGAGGGAGAGGACCACGUUCAGGUGCAGUGCAAAAUGGGUUUUUUCACUACCGGAGACAAAGUACGAUUGGAGAGGCAUUCUGAGCCAAAGCAGGAGCUGCUGCAAUGUGGUGAUUCUAAAGACUCUGCUGACCAGUCCAAACUUACAAGGUUUAAGCCAAAUCUGUUUGAAGAAAAAGCUUGCUUCACCUGCAGUUCCAGUAAAAAAGAGGACAUUUACAUUCAAUCCAAUGACAAAACCACUCAGUUCACUCACAGUGCCGGCCACACCAACACCACACUCUUACCAUCUUUGUGGAGGAUCGAUAAACAUGGAAAAUUACUCCUGCAGCCAGUAGAAAAAUUAGAUGUGGCAAGUGAUCUCACCUGUGCAGAAGAGGAUGCUGAAAACAAUGACAGCAAGGUUUUUGGCAACACAAAGCAGGAAAACUGUCCUGCAGCUGCUGAUUUUUUAGCCAGGAAGCUUAAAUUAGACCAGAUGUUCUGUCAGGGAAACAAGAAGAACCCAGGAAGCGGGAGUUUACAAGUGCAAGCAAACCAAAAUUCUCCAUCAAAGCAAAAAAUGUCAACACCUUUGCAUAACACCACAGAAAAUAUGAAUGGUAAUAUAUUGCCUAGGCUUAGCCAGAGGCUUAAGAAACAGUGUGCGGGUAGGGAGUUAGAUAAAGGCUGUGAGGGCAGCGAUACCUUCAGUGAUGACACCAGCGAAGCUACAGGCAGCUUCUUGGAAAGCAGGAAGAAUGAAACGAACCCGUAUGCUCGGAGGUACUUCAGAAGGAAGCAGAGCUUUUCAGCCAAACACCAAAGCCAACACACACUAGAGGAUGAGGAUGAUGGAGCUGAAGACUGCAGCGACAUAGAGCAGCUCAUAAUCAAAGAGGAGUACAUUGAAACAACAGUGUGUGAUGAUCCUCCACAGUCGCCUGCUGCAUCUCCAGGUGACAGCUGUGAUAUUUUCCCCACACCAGGGGUAGAACACAAGACCUGUCCUUACUGCCCUGCCAUGUUUGAGUCUGGAGUGGGUCUGUCCAAUCAUGUGCGAGGACACCUUCACCGAGUCGGCCUGAGCUAUAACGCUCGGCACAUGGUUUCGCCAGAGCAAGUGGCGCUGAGGGACUGUCAGCCGCGAGUCCACAGAAGGAUAUCUACUGGCAUAAGGAAAAUGAGAAAAGCUGUUAAGCCAGACACCCGGGGAGAGCACACUUGUCCCCUGUGCUGGGGCUGGUUUGAUACGAAGACUGGCCUCUCCAACCAUGUGAGGGGACACCUGAAACGAAUAGGUGGAAGUGUUACGAGCAGCAGUAAGUCCCCGCUGUGCAUCCUAAAGGAACUGCUAAAGGACAAAAAGGAACAUCGGAACAUCCUCCAGGUCCUCAACAAGAGCCGGCUCCCCUCACGAUCUUCAGCGUCUCAGAAGUUCAUCAGCAGCAAUGACUUUUUCCUGACAGCCAUCCCAGUAAAAGUCCAGUGUGGAACAAGGAGUCCAUAUCCUGUAUUGAACAGCUUUGUACCAAAGCAGGAGCCAAAUACCUUCUCAGAUAGGGAGGAGCUACAGAUAGAAGCACAAAGAGACUCUAAGGCCUCCUCAAGCGCUUUAGUCCAACUGCUCAGAGCAAAACAGGAAAGUAUGGAGCUGGCAGUGAGAAACAACCAGGACAUCUAUGCAACCAAGACGAUUUGUGAUAUGACCAAAGAUUACAUGGAGGAGACACAGAUGACCAGUGUGGAGUCAAACUGGACUCAUGGGGAUUCAAAGAAGAUUUGUGUUGAGUGUAACAACACCUUCCCCACUGCUGCCCAGCUUCCUGGCCAUCUUAGAGCAUAUGCACACAGGAAGAGGAUAGCCUUUAUUGACAAUCCAGGCUAUGAUUAUAAGCAGAAGAAACCAAUACCAAGGCCUGGACUGAAAAAGAAGAUUUCACCCUCCUUGAAUGCUGAGAUAUACACGCUCACCUGCAGAUUUUGUGACCUCGUCUUCCAGGGUCCUUUGUCCAUCCAGGAGGACUGGAUCAAGCAUCUACAGCGACACCUUCUGCACACCAGCGUUCCCCACUCAGGGACAGGGAUGGUCGAGGUUUUGGGUCUUCAUCAACAUGUCUCCUGAGCACCCAGAACCUAAGUAGAGUUUAACCCACUAGAACUCCCAGUUGCCUCUUGAAUUUGCACACUAUUUAUAUGCAUAGGCUACUAUUAUACAGCUCUUUAUGAAAAUAUAUUAUAGUUAAUCUAAGCUACUUAAUAAUAGUUUAUAUUAUUAGCUCUCUCUAUGUAAGCAAAAACGUUAUUAUAGAAUAUUUUAAUGCAACGCUUUGCCUUAUUAACUUAACUAUACAAGUACAAGGAUUAAUAUUUGUUGUGUAGAUUAUUUACUGAAACUUAGUGGUAGCAAAAUGACAAACAUAUAUAUAAACAUGUAUAAGAUGGUCUGUCAGUACAGAUUUGCCAAAUAUUUUCUCAUAUUUUUGUCAUGAUAUAAAGUGCCUUGUUAUUACAACAAAGCAACUUCUUUUAACAAAAAAAACUUCUCACAAAAUGAAAAAAAUAGCACAACAUCCGACUUUUGUUAUGAGAAGCUUUUCAUCAUAGGACAAGUUAGAAGGAGCAUUGCCACUGCUGAGCUCCAGAUAUAGACAAGACUUUGCAUCUGAAUGAAUUUCAUGUCUUCUUUCGGAGAUGAAAUCCAGCGUAACACAGCUGUUGUUAAGCAGUAUGCAUGGUAGUGUCAUUAGUUUGUGGAUGCUUUGUAGAGAUUCACCUCUCUGUACCUGCAUCAGACAGAGAACCUCCCUUAAUCAAAGUGAUAUCCAAGAUGUUGUGUUGUUUUGGAACAGCUUGUUCUAUCAUUGUUUGUUCUUCAAUUUAACCUUCAACCGCUCAUUAUGUUAACAACUUUUUAUAAUGAGAGAACUCUUGGAUUAUCACAAGAAAAGUUAGAACAACAUUUUCUAUAAUUAGCUCUGUUUCCAAAGGUUCUGUUUUUGGUUCUGGCAUCAGUAAGUGAGUUAUCAUGAGCAACACCAUGUUUAAAUUUCAUACUAAACCAUCUUAAGACCACUGGAACUGAACAUGUGCAUGUUCUUAACCUCAUUGCUGCUCUUAAACUUGGUGCUUAUUUUCAGGUUAGCACAGAAAGUUUUAUAUUUUCAGAUGGGACAACAGCCUGUAUGCACUGUGCCAAGAUGGCAUAUCGUUUUAGAUUAUUCCCUUGCAGUUAGUUUAUUUUCUUAUUUGGUUGAACCCAUUGCCAAAACAUCCAAUUCAUACUUAACUAUUUUGAUUAAAAAUUUAUUAAAAUGCUCAAGUAUAAUAUUUAGAAAGCAUAGAAAUAUAGAUUUAGCAUAUCUAUUUUAUGCAUUUAUUUACCUAUCUAUUUUGAAAUAGUCAACUUGUUACUCGAGAGAUUUUGAAACUGUAGACAUAGCACCCUCUGAUAUACAGUACAAUGUAGAGUUUUACCAUUACAUGUUGUUAAAUUAUUAAAUAAUUUUACUAUAUUAUACACACAC